AAACCCUAAAAUGGGGCUAGAGUAGAAGCAGGGAUUUGGGGAGGGAGGGAGCGAUGGCGAUGGGGCAGAGCGCCAAACCAAUGCCGCAGCUUGAUCAGCAGAGCACCAAGGAGCUCAAUCUCACUGUGCUCCAGCGCAUGGACAAGCACGUCGAGGACAUUCUCACCACCGCGGGUCACGUUACCUUCUACGAGUUCAGCAUGGACCUCAAUCAGUGGAGUCGAAAGGAUGUAGAGGGGUCAUUGUUCGUUGUGAAAAGGCGGAUGCAGCCCAGGUUCCAGUUCAUUGUCAUGAAUCGCAGGAGCACAGAGAACUUGGUCGAGGAUCUCCUCAGCAAUUUCGAGUACGAGGUCCAGGUGCCUUACUUGCUCUACCGAAAUGCAGCGCAAGAGGUUAACGGGAUCUGGUUCUACAAUCCACGGGAGUGUGAAGAAGUUGCCAAGCUAUUCUCGAGGAUACUCAACGCCUUCUCGAAAAUUCCUCCAAAGCCAAAGCUGAUCAGCCAGCCGAGUAAUGAAUUUCAAGAGCUAGAGGCAGUUCCGACAGCGGCCAUUGUGGAGGGACCACUGGAACCAGCAAGCGCCGUUCCAGAAGAACCACUGGAGCGGUUUUUUAACAAUGCUUUACAGCUGAAUGUGGAUCCUCCACCACCAUCUUCUCGGCCUCCAGUCGCGACAGUUCCCAUUAUCCGUUCGACCGUACCACCAUCUUCCAAUGUAGCACCCGUCGUUCCACCCCCGGUCGCGAGCGUCCCAGCCAUUACGACUGUGACUCCAGAGCCAGCCGAAGGAACUCCCGUUUUGGUGAAGCCAUCCUUCUUCAUGACGCCUCCAGCGUCCACGGUUCUCGCUCCUCCUCCUCCUCCUGUUCUUCAACCAUCGCAUGGUGCGCCUUUCCUCCAACCAUUUCCACCGCCAGCUCCACCUCCAUCGCUUGCUCCAGUUUCCGCGACUUUGAUCACGAGGGAGGGAGUUCGGGAUGCCCUCUCGCGGCUCGUUCAGACUGAUCAGUUUAUCGACCUGAUAUACCGUGAGAUGCUCAAUGCACACACCAAGUAGUGUGCCGUAUGGUUUGUGUUUAUAUAUGUGUAUUCUGCUUGUUCAAUUUUCCCUGUUAAGAUUAUCCUACCUGUUUCCUUUCUUC